GUGUCGCUCCAAUGAGGCAGCCACAUCAACUGGGUGUUCUAUUGUCAUGAAGUGGUGCACCAGUCACAGGGAUAGCACCUUUUUUCUCAAAAAUCAACCCUAACCAUCCGUCCUGAUGGAAUGACUCUCCGUCGCUCCGUAUCUACCCCCCCCCAACCACGGCUUGAGAUCGACCUGGCCAAGGUGUUGACAUUUCCAUCGAUUCAUGUGCCACUCGGAUUGCCUUUUCUAAACCCGGACACCAAAAUCGUCCGGCAUCUGAUCAUACCACGUACCCUACACUGCGAGAUGCACCACCUACAGAACCGCUUCGCGCACCCGAAUGUGGUAGCCCGCGGUUCCGAUCCGAUCCCCCCAUCAGUCCCGUACAAUAUUCCGUUACGAAUACCCAUCUUCUCUAGGAAAAAGCGUCCCCGUCCCGUCGUUCCACACUACACCAAAUCCAUCCAUCCACAUCCUGCAUCGUCCUGGCCGGCCCCUAGAAACACCACGCAAGUGCUUUCUGAUGUCAGGCCCAGGACUGUUUGGGAUGGAUUGAUCGCCAUCUUACGCAAGUGUAGACAGUUCGCACACACACACACCCACACACUUGAAUAAACCUCUUUUCCUUCUCAGGUUGAUGGCUUCAUGGCUUGCAGCCUGCAGAACGGCCCAGCUGGAUGUGGUCACUUGGCGGGAGGUGCGGAAAUAGGGGAAGGACCCCG